GGCCCUGCAGCUGCUGAUAAAAUAAUAAAAGCCUGUCAGGUUUACUUACCAUUUUACUCAUCAAAGCCAAAAUUAAACCGAAAUCGAAGAUAAAGAAAUCCAAACCCAUCAAACUGAUCAUCAGAUAGGAACCUUCCUCACCCUUUCCCUUUCCCUUUCCCUCUUCUCUCCAUGACCCCCCACAACCAACCUUUCUUCUCCUUCUCCCAUACCUUUCCUUAAUUUCUUUCUCUAAUCUUUCAUGGAUAACCACAUGGAUUUACAAAGGAAACGCAUCAAUUAUGCUCUUCAGGGAAAAGUAAUGCUCUGCGCAGCCAUCUUUCUCUUCAUAGCAUUACUUUUCAUAAUCUGCUUUCACAAUUACGCUGGUCUCCUCUUCCGCAACCGCCGUCGGCGUUACACCCACCGUCGUGCUCAGCAAUUGCUCUCCAUUUCCUCUGCCACUCCAACCAGUACCGUUGCUUUCAAAGGUUUGGAUCCUUCUGUUAUUAAAACAAUCCCUACUGUUGUUUACUCCACCAAAGCCAGCCAUUUCCCUCCAUGCAAAUGCGCCGUUUGCUUGUCUGAGUUCGAGAACGACGAGAAAGUCCGCGUUUUACCCAAGUGUAGUCAUAACUUCCAUGUUGGCUGUAUCGACAUGUGGUUUUAUAGUCACUCUAACUGUCCACUGUGUAGAGCUCCGGUCCAAGUUGAUAUUCUGGUCAACCCACCUAAAAUAUUAGAGCAGACCGUCAUUCCAGUGGCUGAAGCAGCCGGUUUAGAGACUCCUAGAGAAGAUAUUGAAAUGAAGAUUUCUUCCGCUACUGCCUCUUCUUCUUCUUCUCCUUCGUUAUCGUCUUCGUCAUCACGGUCGACGUUGAAGAUGGAGAGUUGCCCCAUGAAAACACAAGAGCUAGAAAGGAUGGGAAUUCUUAUGGAGGUCCCCACUGGAGAAGACAGAUUAACGGGUGUUGAGGAUGUCGGUUCGGCUAAUCUGAUUCUGAGUCUGAAGAGGAUUUGGAACGUAUAAUAGGACUAGGAGUAGUAGAAUCUAAAACGCAUUUACUCAAAAAUGGCGUGGUUUGGUAUCUCUGGCAUGAGAGAAAAUAAUAAAAAAAAAAGAACUGCUGUUAGCAAAGACACAGUUCUUGAAAGAGAGCUGGCGCUUUGAUUUUGCAAACGUGUCAACCAUUCGUUGCCCAGCUUGAGCAACUCUUGCUUUGAAUCUGUAAACUUUUGUUAGAUGUUCCUGCACAGUUCAAUCAUGGCUGAACAUGGAGGAAUUACUUUGACUGGAAAACAAGCAAAUCUAGGCAAUGAAUUUUUCAGAUGUUACCGCCAAUAGUAACUAAGUACUACGAAACUUUUAAGUAAUUAAAAAGUAAAACAUAAGUUUGUAAGUCUUAUUAAAGAUAA